AUGAAGAUCAACUUCUCAAAGUGUCACUCGGUGCUCAUCACGGGGGCAAACAGAGGUCUCGGACUGCAAAUGGUCCGACAGCUGCUCGAUACGCCGAACAGACCCCAAAAGAUCAUAGCAACCGCGCGGAAUCCAGCCGCUGCAAAGGAACUGCAAGAACUCGCCAAAUCGCAUCCAAACGUUCAUGUUUUGCCUCUAGAUGUGACCAGUGACAGCAGUGUGAAUGCAGCAGCGCAGUCAGUGGAAUCCUUCGUGGGCGCGGAUGGUUUGAACUGCUUAAUUAAUAACGCGGCGAUUAAUAUACCAUCUGAACUGGACACGGUCACUCGAGAUGCCAUGAUGAAAACCUAUGAGAGUAACACAGUGGCUCCUCUUUUUGUGACCAAGGCUUUUCUGCCGUUGUUGAGAAGGGCGGCAGCUGAAGGCGGUGACAUGGGGUUCCAGAGAGCCGCGGUGAUCAAUGUGUCGUCCGUCCUGGGAUCUGUGCAGCUCAACUGGGGCGAGGGUGCGAGCUUCAAGAGUUAUGCAUACAGGGCAUCUAAGAGCGCCUUGAAUAUGGUUACAAAGUGUUUGGCUGUCGAUCUGGAAGCUGAGAAGAUCUUAUGCGUCGCCCUUCACCCUGGUUGGGUGCGCACUGAUAUGGGCGGACCAAUGGCACCUUUGAGUCCAGAGGAGAGCAUAUCAUCAGUGUUGUCUGUCAUUUCUGGAUUAACGGAGAAGCAUCAUGGUGGAUAUGUGGACUACACUGGGCAAAGCUUACCCUGGUGAUCUCCAUACUGUGUCACACUGUCUGAGUGCCAGAUGACCGCUGAGAAGCUAAGACCAGAGAAACAGCCUGCUGUAUUAAUUAUUCAUGUUUCCACCUGUAUCUACUGACCAAGAAGUAAAAUAGUGAAGUAACCUUAGGUCUUUGGAGAAUUGAAUUGUAAUGAAAGGUUACAGGGGUGUGUUUAUACUUUGUCGUGGAUAUUGCCUUUUCUAUGAAUAUAAAAUAAA